AUGGAUUCGCAGAAGCCCCCGGAAUUCAUAUUGGACGUCUUCACGGAUCCUCGAUCUGUCCGCGACGUCGUUAAAGGCAUACUACAUACCAUCUUCUUCAACCGAUUCUUCCCCUCUCUCACCCCGCAAACGCAUGAAGUGCUGGAUGUCACUCUGCCCUACGUCAAUGACGAUGAACUCCAGACUAUGAUCGAGCAGCGCGUCUCCGCACUAGAUCGCCAACUCGACGCAGAUCGAUUGUCCAACUCGGGCGCACCAACAAAGGGAGACAGAAUAAACGGCGCCGGUAGCGGAGGAAGAGGCCAAAUCACCGUCCAGUUCUUCGACCAGAAAAGACGCAAGCCGUGGCCGUCACUGGGAGUGGAGGAGGUCUGCUGGGAGACUUGGACGAUCAAAGUGACUGUUGCCGAACCGAGAACUGAAAAUGAACGAGCAAAAGUUCGUAGAGCCAUGGAGCAGACCCUCUUCACCACCGCCAUGAAAAUUGUCACCUUCGUCAACACCCACAGAGACCAUAUCCCGCCCAUCACAGCCCAAGGCGGCAAUCCCUUUCCCUACAAGAUCAACGUCGAGUCUAAGGAAACGAGUUGGCUCUCUCGUAUACGAAUGUACUGA